GACAAGUGCGGUAAGAAUGCAUAAAUCGUUGCCGUAUCGCAUCACUAUGCUGCACUAUCCUACGGCACUGACUUCAUAUGCUUUCAUUCUUUCAUUCACUUUGACGACGCUGGACCCCGUCAUCCAGGCAUAUUUUAUCCAAAGUAACCCGCGCAAAAUCAGAUAAGCGGUAACAUUCACCGGGAUCCCGAAUUCAAAACGGACCACAAUUAUACGUCCGUACAGACACGGUCAUAAUGCAGCCGAAUAAUUCUGAACAGUCUAGCCAAAUUGCUAAAAAUACAUCAACACCAUUUGUUUUACGAGCUAAAGGGCUGAUUGUUAACUGGUGGAAAGACCUGGUGUUCAGGUACCUGCAUAAGAAAGACUGGAAGCAAGUGGUAGACGAGGCUCAUCUACAACAGAUUCAGAGGACCACUGAGAAUUUAUUGCUACUUGCGGCCAAGAAAAAUGAUGUGGCAACUAUAAAGAAAAUGAGUAAACAAUCUGAUACAGACUUCUUUGAAAGAGGUGCGCUUGGUGAAACUGCCCUACAUGUUGCUACUCUUUAUGACAAUCUAGAGGCUGCUGUGGCUCUUUUGGAUGCAGCUCCUGAUCUAGUUAAUCAAGUAAUAACAUCUGAUCUCUAUGCAGGUAAGACAGCACUACAUAUUGCAGCAGCAAAUCAGAAUCUGAAUCUGGUCAAAGAACUGAUUAGAAGAGGAGCUGAUGUGAUUAAGCCUCGUGUAACAGGAUCAUAUUUUUCAAAGAAUCGAAAAAAUCUUAUUUUUUAUGGAGAACAUAUUUUGUCAUAUGCUGCCAGCACUGGAAAUGAAAUUAUUGUUAAGUUAUUGCUUGACAAUGGGGCAGAUAUCCGGGCCCAAGACAGUUGGGGUAACACAGUCUUGCACAUUCUUGUCCUUCAGCCAAAUGCAGUGAAGUCCUGUCAUAUGUUUGAUCUUAUUUUGGCUGCAGACAAAAAUAUCAAUGGGCAAAUUCCUCUUGAUCGCAUCAAAAACAAGAAAGGGCUGACACCAUUUAGACUUGCGACAGCUGUAGGUAAUCUGAAGAUGUUUCAGCAUAUCGUGAACAAGCGCUAUCUUGUCCAUGGACAUUGUGGUACCAAAUCUUACCUUUAUGACAUUUCUGAAAUUGACUCAUUUGAAAAUGAGAGUUCAAUCCUGGAGCUUAUUGUGUCCAGCCAGGAAAGAAAGGCUUUUAGAAUUCUGGAAAUGACACCAGUGAAGCAGCUGAUCUACCUUAAGUGGAACAAAUAUGGCAGAUACUACUUCUGUAUCCUGAUGCUCUUUUAUCUGCUAUAUAUUACCCUUUUCACUCUCUGCUGUGUAUUCCGGCCUCUGAAACACUACAAUUCAACCAACCACCAGGAUGUCACUAUUUAUGUUAAAAAAACUCUAAAGGAAAGUUAUAUCACCCAUAAUGACUACCUCAGGCUUGGAGGAGAGGUCAUUAGUGUAUUUGGUGCUAUUGUUAUCCUGCUGCUAGAGGUUCCAAGUAUUUUGAAAGUUGGAGUUACUCGGUAUUUUGGGUACAAUGUCCUGGGUGGUCCUUUUCAUGCAACCAUCAUUAGCUAUGCGGUUUUGGUGUUAGUAUUGCUUAUACUGCGGCUGACAAGUUCCAAAGGGGAGACAGAAGUCAUGGCACUUGCACUUGUCCUGUGUUGGGGUAACAACCUUUACUUUGCACGUGGGUUUGAGAUAUUAGGACCAUCUGUCAUUGUGCUUCAAAAGGUCAUUUUCAGUGAUCUCCUGAAGUUCCUCUGGCUAUUAGUAUUUACCCUGAUUGGUUUCAGCACAGCACUUUGGAUGGCUUAUAUGACUCAGAAUCCUUCGGCAGAUGUCUACUUUGCUGAUUUUGCUACAGUAUUCUUGUUUGAGUAUAAAAUGUCCUUGGGAUUACUGAACAUACCUAUCAAUACUACAGUGUGGACACCAAGCAUUGUAAAAGUUCUUCAUACAGCCUUAACUGUUUUUGCCCUCCUUCUUCUCAUGAGUCUACUCAGUGCCAUGCAACGAAAUACAUUCGCAAGGGUGAGAAAGGAGAAGGAUGACUUGUGGAGAGCACAGAUCGUGGCUACAACCAUUAUGCUGGAACGAAGACUUCCUCGAUGCAUGUGGCCCAGGCUGGGGAUAUGGGGACAGGACUAUGGGCUUGGAAACAAGUGGUUUCUCAGGAUAGAGGAAAAGCAAGAAAAUACUGCAUAAGCCCAAAGACGCUGAAUGUAAGGCUUUACAAUACACAAUGCCCGUUUG